GCAAGGAGAUGGACUGAGUCAUCCCGGCGACGGGCUGGGUCCAAGACCAGCAAAUAGCCUGGGGGGUGGGGGUCUGAGUUCGAGGCUGUCCUGCACUGACCAGCUAUGUGGUUCGGGCAGGUCACCGCCCUCUUGGGCCUCAGUUUCCCUCCUUUGUGGACCCAGGAGCGGCUGCGUGGAUGAGGCUGUCCCGCUGGAAUGCCUGCCCCCCAUCCCAGGGCCUGGCUUAUUUCUCUCCAUAGCCCUCAUCAUCGGUCUUUAUUGGUUUUGUUUGCUUACGGUUUCAGGCAAACCUCGUGGUCAAAGGGCUGAGCUAUGUGGCCAGAUAGACGUUUCCUGCCCUCCCCCAUGAGCCCCUGUUGGUCCCUUUGAGAGAAAUGGAAGGAAAGACCAGCUCAUUUUGCAGAUGAAGACACUAAGAGCCUCAGGGACACAGCAAUUAUUGUGGAAGCCAUGAAAUUGAAUGAGAGAAGUGUAGCCCACUAUGCACUGAGCAACUCCCCAGCGGACCACACAGGCUUCCUGCGCACUUGGGGGGGGCCAGGGACCCCACCUACCCCCAGUGGCACUGGUCGAAGAUGCUGGUUUGUUCUCAAGGGCAACCUGCUGUUCUCCUUCGAGAGUCGCGAGGGCCGGGCCCCACUGAGCCUGGUGGUGCUGGAGGGCUGCACAGUGGAGCUGGCUGAAGCUCCAGCAUCUGAGGAGUUUGCCUUCACCAUCUGCUUUGAUGCCCCUGGAGUGCGUCCACACCUGCUGGCAGCAGAUGGGCCAGCGGCCCAGGAGGCUUGGGUGAAGGCACUGUCCCGGGCAAGUUUUGGCUACAUGCGCCUGGUGGUACGGGAGCUGGAGAGCCAGUUGCAGGAAGCCCGCCGGAGCCUGGCCUUGCAACGACACUCAUCCUGGAAGGCUGUUGCUAACCGCUGUAAGCCCCAGGCUCUUGAGUAUUGGUCCCUGGGCCUGGAGAAUGGCCACUCCCUUCCCAGAGAUUAUAGCCCUGUGGGCUUAGUUGAAGAAGGGGGCAGCAGGUGGGCAGGGCGAGGGUCGGGUGAGUGGGAGUUGCAGGGCCCUGCCAACCUCCUGUUAGGCAGUGGGCAGAGCCCUGUGUCCCCUGAGACCUCCUGCUUUUCCACCCUGCACGACUGGUAUGGCCAGGAGAUUGUGGCACUACGGCGGAGAUGGCAGCAGAGAGCCCAGGGGAGCCAGGCAGAAUAUGGGGAACAAGAGGAACAGGCUAGGCCUUGAGCCUGGGCCCUUUGAGGUUUGCCCCUGUCCUGCUGGUCAGGACACCAGGGCCAGUGCUUUUUCAAGAGUUAAAUGUUUACUCAUUUGCAAGGUUGCUUCUGGGAGUAUUUCCGUGUAUUUUAGGGAGUCUCCAGGUUCUGGACCCAACCUUGUACCUGGAGAGGACUGAGGAAUCAUGACUUCCAUCCUCUUUCUUUCCUGAGACAGAGAGGAUAGGUAGCUUGCUCAGAGUCACAGAGCAAGACCCAAGUCUCAGGCGCCGGCCCCAUAUACCCGGGGUGGGUGGUGGGUUCGAACAUGGCCCCAGCCAAAAACUUCAAAAAAAGAAAGACCCAAAUCUCUUGACUAUGCUGGACUGCCCCUCACUGAAGGGAGUCAGUGAAAUGGAGGAAGUGGGAGCUGUUACAUAGCCAUGGGUUAUUUUACCUUUGACCUACCACAACAGAUUCUAUAGCUACCAUUUCCAACGUGGAGAAUAUUAUGUCUUUUAAAUACCAGAGGUUAGCUGAGGGGCUGACAUUGUCAGAGAAGAUGGAUUUAUUGUGUCAUGGAGGUUUCUAGGGCCCAGCUCUUCCUGAGAGGGGUGGGAAGAUUGGGCAUGGGAUCCCCACUCUGCAGUUUGGAUAGGAUCCUUUGGAGCAACGGUUCUCAACCCGUGGAUCGCGACCCCUUUGUAACAUUAGGCGUAAUUGUAGGCAUUGGGAAGGUUGAGAACCACUGCUUUGGAGAGAAAGGGCCUUCAGCCAAUAAAGAGGGAUUUAUUCUUCUCAGAAAGUGUUGGGGUCCACAUCCUCUGUCCCUGGCUGCCCUGUCAACAGAUGGUGCUAGACGUUGGCCCAGGAGGGGCUGAUAGCUUUCAUGUGUCAGCAGAAACCCCUCCUGUACUGUGUCCUCAGCAGCCAGUUCCCGGAGAUGCCACGUGAGAAGCUAAAGAAGAGGUGGAGUGAGAGUAUGGCUCCCUGGGGAAAGCCAGUUUGGUACUUUGGUUCUCAGUCGUAGGCAUCCUAGUACUUAGACACAGGAUUCCUGGAACUUUGUGGUAAUUCUUAUCUCUGGGCUGGGCUUCCGUAAAGAUGCUUCUGCUCCUGAAACUGCUAAUGAAGCCAUCUAGAACUCUUUCACAGUCUUGCUUGCCACCAGGCUAACUUGCCCAAACCUCAUUGCUAGUCUCCCAGCAUCCCAACAACUGUUUUCUUUUUCUUUCUUCUUCUUUUUUUUAGACAGUUUUGCUCUGUCACAAAGGCUGGAGUGCAGUGGUGUGAUCAUAGCUCACUGCAGCCUCGAACUUCUGGGUUCAAGCAAUCCUCCUAUCUCCAAAGGAGCUAGAACUAUAGGCUGGCUAGUUUAUUAUUUUUCUUUUUUAUAGAGACAGACCACCCAGAGUGCUGGGGUUACAAAGAGAUACAUGCUUAGCCCUGUUUUCUUUUUCUAGUUCUGGGCCAGAGGCUAGACCAGCUGAUGCCCUAGGGGCAUGGCGGCAGUGGCUGGUGGGAAGAUGCGAAGCCUGGUUGAAUCUGCCCCUUUGUCUCUUAACCGGGCCUUGGGCAAACCAAGUCUCAAUUAAGCCACAGACAGUAGCUCGGAGUCUCUCAUCCUCGGCAGCUGGAGAUGCUACCCAGGGCCGUUCCCUCAUCCUGUUUCCCGGUUCUGUAGCCACUGCACUUUAUAUACAGAUAUUACAGCAUUUAUCUUUCUUAUUAUCACAGUUUUUUGUAUAUGAUUUAAGCACCGAAUAAAG